UGUUCGUUUGAAUAAUUAAACCAGUUAUUUACUAGUGUGCCCUUUGUUAAUGUAAAUAUUUUUUUAUUUUUUUUUUGGGUCUUCCGUCCCUGUAUUGCUUCCUUUCUUGCCUUUCUUAUCAUUUACCUAUAUACCAAAAUUGUUAAAAAUUUGCAGAGGUUGUUCAACCUUGUUUUUGAUCUCUGUAUUGCUUGGUUUCAUAAACUUUCCUUCUUUCAGAACAAACACCAUGGAUGUAUUUGGGAUCUUUAUCUCUCCAUUCAUACAAGCUAUGGUUGAUAAAUUGUCCUCUUAUUUUAACGACUUAGUGAGCACAGCGGACGUCGGCGCUGGCAUCCAGAAUCUGAAGAAGGCAUUAGAGGAUUUAGAGACUCUGUUGGCUGAUGCAGAGAACAAACAGACAUACCACAAGGAUAUCAAAAAGUGGCUUGAAGAGGUUUACCAUUUGGCUUACGAUGCAGAUGACUUAUUGGAUGAUUUUGCCACUGAAGCUCUCGAAAGGAAGCUAAUGGCGGAGGAGACGACGAUGGGAAGAAGAUCAGCUAAGUUUCCACGCCUCUCUUCUAUUGUUCCAUUCAAUUUAAAAAAUGGGUCUAAGCUAAAUCAGAUUACUAGUCAAUUACAAGAAGUUGCUACCAAAGGAAAAGAUCUUGGUUUAGAUAAAAGACUUGUUGGGAGGAUGUCUACAGAUUUACGGCAGAGAUCACAAACUACAAGUUUGAAGGAGCCUCAGAUUCAUGGCAGAACUGAAGACAUGAAGCAAAUUAUCGAAUUGCUACUUGGGGAUGCACCUACUGGAAAAUUUUUUGAUGUAAUUCCUAUUGUAGGCAUGGGUGGGAUCGGCAAGACUACAGUAGCUCAGCACAUUUACAAUGAUGACCGACUGGAAAAUCAUUUCAAUCUAAAAGCAUGGGUAUGUGUAUCUGAUGACUUCGAAGUUGUGAGAAUAUCAAAGGCAAUUCUCGAGUCGUUCACUCAUCGUUCAUGUAAUUUUAGUAACUUAAAUGAGGUUCAAGUUCAACUCAGCAAAACGUUGGCAGGGGAAAAGUUUUUGCUUGUCCUAGAUGAUGUGUGGGACUAUGGACGUGAUGGGUGGAAUUUGUUACGACCCCCAUUUGGAGCUGGAACACCUGGAAGUAAAAUCAUUGUGACAACGCGAGACAGAGGUGUUGCAAAGCAGAUGGGAAUGGAUAAAUAUCACAAUUUGCACAACUUAUCAGACGACGAUUGUUGGUUAAUCUUUGCCCAACAUGCAUUUGAGUACAGAAAAAUCAUGGAAUGCCCAGAAUUGGUAUCAAUUGGUAAGAAAAUUGUUGAGAACAGGUGCAGAGGCUUACCCUUGGCAGCAAGGGCCCUUGGCAGCUUAUUAUGCUGUAAACAAGAAGAACAUGAAUGGAAAGAGAUACUGAACAGCAAUAUAUGGAAUGAGGAAAGUGGCAUUCUCACAGCAUUGAAAUUGAGCUACCUUCAUCUCCCUGUCCAUUUGAAGAGGUGCUUUUCCUACUGUGCAAUUAUCCCAAAGGACUACGAAUUCAUGGAGAAGGAAUUAGUCUUGCUGUGGAUGGCUGAAGGUUUAAUUGAGCAACCAAAAGGUGGAGACCAAAUGGAAGACUUAGGCAGCGAGUAUUUUCACGAAUUGGUGUCAAGAUCAUUUUUUCAACGGUCAAGUGGCAACGAAUCGCAAUUCAUAAUGCAUGACCUCAUCAAUGAUUUGGCUCAAGAUGUUGCAGGGGACAAAUGUUUUAGGUUGGAAAAUAAUUUAGAGGGUGGCAAGCAGAACAAGAUUUCGGACAAAGCACGUCAUGCAUCUUAUGUUGCUAGCCGUUAUGAUGGAAUCAAAAAAUUUAAAGCUUUCAAUGAUGCCAAAUGCUUACGAACAUUCUUAGAAUUUUUGCCACAAGAAGAAUUUCACUACGUAACGAGGUACUUGAUACAUGAUUUGUGGCCAAAGUUAAAAUGCUUACGUGAGUUGCGUUUGUGUUAUAUUGAUGUAAUUGAACUACCAGAUUCCAUUGGAGAUCUAAAGCAUUUGCGGUAUCUUGAUGUAUCCGGUUCUGGGAUUAGAAGGUUACCUGACACAGUGGUAACUCUCUACAAUUUACAAGUCUUGUUUUUGAAAUUUUGUCAUCUACUUCAGAAGUUGCCUCCAAACAUGGGGAGGCUGGUGAACUUGCGCCAUUUUGACAUGACCGGCGUGCAUAUUCCAUCAUCAGAAGAGAUGUCGCUACAUAUAGGUAAAUUAAUUAAUCUCCAAACAUUGUCAAAUUUUAUGGUGGGUAAAGAUUGUGGGCGUAAAAUAGGAGAGUUGAAAAACCUAUCACACAUUCAAGGGGCAAUACACAUAUCAAGACUAGAGAAUGUCAAUGGUGUUAAGGAUGCAAGGGAUGCCAAUUUAAUGUCUAAGGAGGAGUUAAAAGAGUUAUCACUAGAAUGGGAUGAAUCUCAUAGUUCACAGAAUGACAUAGUUGAGAGGAAUGUGCUUGACGUGAUGAGACCUUUCAAAUUGUUGGAGCGACUCACCAUCAGUGGGUAUCGCAGUACAAAAUUUCCAAACUGGGUUGGAGAUGUUUCGUUCUCCAAACUGGUGUUCAUGCGAUUGAAAGGUAGCAAAUGUUGCACAUCUUUGCCACCACUUGGACAACUACCCUUGCUUGAAGACCUUUACAUUGAAGGAAUGAGUGCAAUAAAGCACCUGGGUUGUGAGUUCUAUGGGCAGCAGUGUGGUGCUGAACCUUUCCGCUCUCUAGAGAGACUGAGCUUCGAGUUUAUGCCAGAAUGGGAGGAUUGGUCUGCUUUUGAAACAGAGGGAGUUCAGCCGUUCGGUCGUCUCAGUGAGCUUUCCAUCAUAAAUUGUCCCAAACUUGUUGAAAGAUUACCAAAUGAUCUUCCUCGUCUGAAGUCUCUCAAAAUUGAAGGUUGUCCGCAGUUGUUAAUUGAUGUUUCGAGCCUCGUUCACCCAUCACUUGCGUCCUUGUCAAUGGAAAAUGUAAUGCUCACAAGCCUUCCAGCACUCUUAGGGACAAAGAACACGAUUGAACUUGGUUCCCUCACCUUGGAUAUUAGACAUGUUACAGUUCUUGACUCCUUCUGCGAUCCAAGCACAACUGAUGAAGAGUUACUGGCUAAUGAAAUGUCUAAGCAUUUGCCUUCAAUAACUGCUUUGAGCAUUUCUCAUGUUGAAAAACUGGCGUUCCUACCAGCAUGGUUUACUCGAGAUUUGACGAGACUCGAGAACUUGGACAUUCAUAACUGCCAAGAACUCGUAACAUUAUGGCGGAAUAAGACAAGAAUACAAGUAUGUCUCCCUUCCCUCUGCCAUUUGAAGAUUUCUCAUUGCCCCAAACUGGUUUGCUUGUUUGAAGAAGAGCAAGAAAAAGGAGGAGAAGGUUCGAAAAAGCAGCAACAUGAUGGGCUGCCUUGCAUGACGAGACUCGAGAACUUGGACAUUCAUAACUGCCAAGAACUCAUAACAUUAUGGCAGAAUAAGACGAGAAUACAAGCAUGUCUCCCUUCCCUCUGCCAUUUGAAGAUUUCUAACUGCCCCAAACUGGUUUGCUUGUUUGAAGAAGAGCAAGAAAAAGGAGGAGAAGGUCCGAAAAAGCAGCAACAUGAGGGGCUGCCUACGAGACUCGAGUAUUUAUCAAUUGAAGAGUGUGGAAGGCUGAAGAAACUGCCACAAGAUCUGCACACAUACACAUCUCUUGGGGUGCUUAGAAUCACGGGUUGUGCAAGUCUGAUCUCUUUUCCAAUGAAGGGUUUGCCAUCUAUGCUGAGAGGACUUACGGUUUCAAAUUGUGGUGCUUUGCAGUCCCUACCCGAGUUGAUGACACUCAAUAAUCUGCAAGAGUUGUGGGUUUUUGAAUGUGCAUCACUCAGAUAUUUAUUGUCAAGAGUUGGGCUACCAUCCACACUAAAACAACUUAAUAUUCGCUGGUGUCACAAUCUGGAGUCACUUUUUGCAGAGGAAGGGAUCAAAAUUGAUUGUCCAUCUCUUGAAAAAAUUGAAAUUAUGGAUUGCAAGAGUCUCAAAUCUUUAGCUGAAGCCAAUAAUCUCAGGAAUCUCAGAGAAUUGGUGAUAAGAUGGUGUCCUAAUCUGGAGCCCCUGUCACUUGGUGGUCGUGAUGAGAAUAACAACAUCAACCAACUCACUUCGCUUCAAAUGCUGGGUUUAGUUGAUUGCAGAGCAGGAAUGGUCUCCUACUUUGUGAAGGAAGGGAGUUUCCCCACCAACAUCACUUCACUUGAUAUCGGGAAUCUCAGAGUGGAGGACGUCGGUCAACUUCCAUCUCCAUUAGAGUGGGGUUUGCACACACUCUCUUCUCUUACAACACUCCACCUUCGAGGCGCAGUACGUAGAGAAAGAGUUUGGCCGUGGGGAGAUACGGUGUCCUUUCCGGAAGAAGGGAUGUUCCUGCCCACCUCUCUCAUCCGUUUGACCAUCGAAGACUUCCAAAAUCUGGAAGGACUCUCUUAUGAGGAGUUUCAAAACCUCACCUCUCUCCAAACACUUGAAAUCUAUGAUUGCCCUAGGCUCGCGUCCUUUCCAAAGGAAGGGUUGCCUCCCUCUCUUUUGCAUCUACGGAUCAGGAAUUGCCCUGAGCUUGUGACCUUUCCAGAACAAGGAUUCCCUGCCUCGCUUUUGUCACUGUGGAUCGUAGAUUGCAAUCCAAUACUGAAACAGAAGUGUGAAAAGGGGAAAGAAUAUUGGCCCAUCAUCCAACACAUUCCUCGUGUAUUUUAACUCCGAUCAAACGGGUCAGCCUUUAAGUCCCUGCAAGGUGUCGAUGGAAAAAUUGCCCUAUUCAUUAUUACAGCCACUAGAAAUCUUAACACAUUUCUACAAGGGCUUUGUUGUUGUUGUUGAAACAAACUUUAGGAUGUACGCAUGCUCAUUAUCUAAACUGCAUUGCAAGUUUUUGCGCUUGUUCUCAAGGUAGCGUUUGAGGAUGCUUGAGACUGUGCACAAGAAUAUGGAGGUUUGUUAUGGGAAGACUCAAAAAAAAUGGUAGUGCAGGCUGAAAUAUCCAUGCACAUCUGAGAAUUCCCUUGUCAAAGGCAAUAGAUUCUGUGUGCAAUCUGCAAGAAAGGAUUUAAAAGGAUUUGAAUGUCUGGUCUGUGAUGAUUUGGAAAGUUAGAUGGAUUCCAUGUUGAUGCUAAAGUUUGCUCUCUUGUUGAUAAAAGCACUAGUGUCUGGAAUGGAAUGAAGCUCUCAUUAGAUAAUGUUGUUUUGUAUUUUGAAGCUGAGUUGAUAUGUAAAAUCCCUUUUUGCCCAAGGCUUGCUGAUGACAUACUGGUUUGGCACUUUACUAAAAAUGGCCUUCUUUUUUCUAUUAAUCUACAAAUCAUUUGGAGAUGGAUUUGCAAAGAAGAGAAAAACAGGUCAAUUCUUCAGAUGGUGCGAGUUUUGAAAGUGCAUUUGGGAAGAAGAUUUGGCUGCUGAAAAUUCUGAAUAAAGUAUAAUCUUCAUAUGGAAAAUCUGUUCAAAUAUCCUUCAUGUUCGGUGAAACUUGAGUAGCUACAAAGUAAUUCAAUUUGAUGGCUGCUAACUUGUUCGUUAGCAGAAAAUUAGUACUGUUUUUGGUGGUUUGAGUCAGCUUACAAUGUGAUUGACAAUGUUAGCAUUGUAGUCCUUCACAUUCUUCAUUUGUAGGUGUGGUUAGGUAGCUGAUUUUUUUAGAACUUAACUUCCUUCUUUUUUGUGCCACAUUGCCUAAUUGAGUUUUCAAAUGUUAUUCACUUUCCAAGAUCA